AUGGUUGUCGGGACAUUCUUCUACCUCCCCAUCUUCCUCUUCUUCUUCAUGUCGGAUGCAGCAGCAGCAACACCGGCAGCAGCAGCAGCCGGGAGGGACUGGGGAAACAUCACCUUCGUCCACUGCGUCCAGCCUUACACAUGGACGGAGCUUGUGCAGAACUACAAGACGAACAGCGUCUUCUUCAAGACUGGAGGGCUGGGAGAGCUGCAGAGGGAGGGGAUCUAUACAUGGCAGUGCUUCAAGGAUCACUACUGCGCUACAGGCCCCGAGGACCCCUGGUUCUGCUUCGUGUACGACGAGGUCACUAGCAAGUUCAUCCCAUGGGGGCCAAACAGUGAGCUGCAGCUCGUCGUGCCUAGCGAGAGGAAAUGGGAGGGAUGCUCGUCGGAGAUCGAGGCUCUUUCCAGACAGAUCCAGCAGCUCAAGAACGAGUCGUCCUCGCUCAGACCCUCUUCGUGUGCCGGCAGCAGGCUGUACAUCGCCGCCAACUCCACCAUCAUGUGCAGCCCGGGCUUCGGGGGCAACUCGGACGUUGGGUGCAAGCUCUGCCAGGAAGGCACUUACAGCGCUGAGAUGCACCUGUGCCAUUCCUUGUCAGCCACCAUCCUUAUCGACGGGCACACAAGGGGGAACGCGGCUGGGACUUCAGUGUGGAUCGGAGGGGGCCUGAAGUUGUACCACGACGCCUCGUCCGGUAGCGGGAAUCCUGACCGGAUGUCGUACAUCCUCCUCAAGCUAGGCUCCGCCCCAGCGGGCUGCUCCCUGAGUGCAAACAGCAUCACAAAGGCGCAGAUGAAACUUUAUAAGACGUGGGAUGGAAGCGCCGAUGGCUGGAGCUGCUCAGAGCACAAGUACCAGAUCCGUUUGGCGUCUGUUGGGAACCUGUCGGUCUACGACUCUACCCAGGUGGUGAGCUACAUCGAGCAGAACUUUCCGUACUCCAGCGGGAAGCAGACAGACAGUCAGGGGAUGUACGUCCUCGACAACGGCCAGCGGAUCUCUACCUACUUCGAUCUCAGCACUACGAUCAACGUGUGGUAUGACAUCGAUGUCACCACCUUCAUGAAGCAAGUCGUCCAUCACUACGGGGACUCGCUCUCUGCCAUCCUGUUGGAGUUGCGCUCUGUCAACGACGGCUGCUUGACCGCGCUCUCCGCCAGUGGGGCCACCAGCCCGAUCUUCAACAUCGCUCUCAGUGACAGCAACGACGAUGACAUGAUCUCAGUGCCGACCUCUUGCGUGCCUUGUCCGCCGAACUUCACGUCUCCAGCAGGGAGCAGCAGCAUUCAAGCAUGUAAAGCAGCCAAUUGA